AUCCUGGCACCUUUUCAGAGGCACUUUGGUUGUUUGUUCUGCGUGGUGUUAGUGUAGGUACUUGGUGCUGGGUUGUGUAUAUUCUGGACUGUAUUUUCUGGGGGUGGUUUGUCGAAAUUGGGUUUGGAUUGGGUUUGUUUGAGUUUGGUUUAAGUUGAGUUUGAGUUUGAGUUUGUGUGUUAUUGAAUGUUAACUUGUUCGAAGGUGGGUUGCUUUUGAGGUGAUGUGAGUUUUAGCACCCGGUGCUGUGAGGUUGCAAGGUUCUGCAUUCGUGUCUAGUGCAGGGUUGCGGAUUCUCUGAGUGGUUUGGAACGAAGCAUUUCCAUUCUCUCUUUUCUUUGAAGGUGUUUGUUUUUGUUUGUUUGUUUGUUUUUUUACGAAAGAAAGUUUAUGAAGUUUUUGGUCGGUAUGGGACGGUGGUAUAGUUUUUAAAGUGAUUGACUUUGGCUUAUAUCAACUUGGCAAUCAUUUCAAAGCUGUUGCUGUGGCUACUAUUAUGUAAUGAGCUCUCACAUCCUAAGUAAUAGAUCAUCCUAAGAUAUUGGACCUCACCUUCCUUGUUAGCAAUCCAUACAGGUGCUUUUUUUUGUCAAGAAUGCAGUGAUCUUAUCCGUGAUCGAAGCUGCUUUGACUUUCUUGUUCCUACCAUCGUUCUACCUGGAAGGAUUUCUGAGAUACUCAAUUUGCAGAUGAGCACUGACUGGGUUUGGGAUAAACUGUGCGUUGGUGUUAAUCGGCUCUACCCAGUUGUUUCUAACGCUUUGACAUGUGAGGCUUCCAUCAUGACGUUAUAAUGGCAGCCUGGACAUCAAUCAAGAAGGUCAUCUUUUUACGUUUGGAGGGAGUGAAGUCCGAAAAGUGCGAGGUUGUAAGUUCCUAAUCAGCUACAGUGUAAUGGCGUCGUCGACAACAACCCGCAACAAGGCUGCCGGGCCUCAGGAUUUGGAGACAAUAUCGAGUGCUGCAGCUACUUCAGAAGCACAGUCAAAGAAUUUGAAGUUGGUGUUUGUCACUGGUGGACCAGGAAGUGGGAAAGGCACACAGUGUAACAAGAUCGUCGAGCACUUUGGGUUUGAGCACCUCAGUGCAGGCGAAUUGCUGCGUGCUGAGCAGAACUCUGACGGUGAAAUUGGGAAAAUGAUUAAAGGCCUAAUUAAUGAAGGAAAACUAGUACCGUCGGAAAUGACCGUGAAGCUUAUUCUGAACGCGAUGUCGAAGUGCUCCAAUAACAAGAUCCUGAUUGAUGGCUUUCCACGGAAUGAUGAGAAUCGUGAGGUUUGGGAUCGUGUGGCCGGACUUAAACCAGAGUUUAUUAUCUUCAUUACUAGUUCAGAGGAAGUGAUGCAAAAUCGACUUCUCAGCCGAAAUGAGGGUCGAGAUGACGAUAACCUCGAAACCAUACGCAAGCGAUUCAAAUUAUUCAAUGAACAAACUUUGCCUGUUAUAAAACACUAUGAGUCCAUAGCCGCAGUACAGAAGAUUAAUGGCAUGCAGUCUGUUGAAGACGUCUUUGCUGAAAUUCGACCAUUGUUUAAUCCAAUUCUACAGGAAGAGCUUCUUCAAGCAACUGCCGACCUCUUGACAGGCCUCGAUACAGGCAACUACAAAGCGUAUAAGCGCUAUUGUCACCCUGCAUUGUCUAUAUUUGAGCCUGAUUCUCAAGGUCAGCUUGUAGAAGGAAUGGACCUACGCAAAUUCAAGUUCAACGUAGGAUCAGUCACCGACCGGCUGACUCUCACACAAAGGCUUCGCUCCACUGUCGUAACUCCCAAAGUUUCUAUUCUAGGUGCCGAAGUGGCGCUUGUAUCAUAUACCCGUGUCUUGAAACUCCAUAGCCACCCAGACGAUGGAGACGUUGAAGCUUACAAUGAGACGGGGGUGUGGCAACGGCUGAAAAGUGACGAUGGUUGCAAGAACUGGAAGCUUGUGCAUUACCAUCGGUCGGUUGCACCCACCAUCUGAGGAGAACUUUGAUCUUUUCAUAAUUCUUACAGCAAUCUUCCGAUUUAUUAGUUGUAAAUUCGAAAUGAAAUUCGCUGUGGAGAAAAAAGUGAAGGGACACACCAUGUGCUAUAGUAACUCUUGAUUGGAUUCAUGUACGUGGAAUCAAAAGGAUAAAAGAGAAUUUCGAUAUUUAGUAACUGGGUAAACAAUUUGAUGGGUGACACAUUUGAGUGGAUCCUUUCUUCAGUAGGGGUCUGUUUUUUUAGGGUGUCGAUCAAACGUACUGUUGCACUACUUUGUGGUCA